AUGGCGACUGCAGCGGCGACCGACAGUCGACGUUCUUUGAGCAUCGAGGAACUCUGCUUCACAUCGGCCAUGAGCUGCUUCGAGGGAUGGUUGAAGUUGGACCCGGCCAUCGGGCCCCGGACUAUGGCAUAUGUCACCAAGUUCAUCUCCAGGACACUAGAAAAGACGCACAACCUGAAAGAUGUCAGGGAAACGCUCUCCAAGAGCGUCGAAGUCUGGAUAUGGCUCACCCGGGACUUUGCUGCCGCUAUUCCCAGUCUGACUACGCGGUCCAUCGGCCCCCUUGCGAGUCUCAACGACCCCGACAAAGGCGUGACGCCGCAGGAAAGCACGGCGCUCAUCACCAAGAACUACCCGUCGCUCAAGGAAGACCUGCAGCUCCUAAUCAAGCUCAUGCACAUUGCUAGGAAUCUGCUUGUUGUGCCGGAGCCCGAGAUCCCCCAGGACCUGUGCGCCGCCGCCCAGUUCGACCAGAUGCUCUACCAGACCAUCAUCCUCUGCAUCAACGUCACGAGUAAGGCUUACGACGGCGAUGUCUUGGAGGAGGCUGCUCGCCUGAAGUUGAGCGAAAUCACCGAGCUGUACAAGAAGUUGCUGGUCACAUGUCUGCAGCAAGCCCACAACUGGAUUGCCAAGAACGACCGCAACAAGAUGGCUUUCUGGUCCACUGUGCUGUUCGACGACGAUGCUCUCGCUGACGAGUCUGACGGCAACGUCUACGGAGAGUUCCGCCCUGAUGUCGCCAAGAUCGAAGUGCAAAACUGGUUCGAGCGUAACUCGCGCUUCUGCGACAAGGCGAGGCAGCUGCUUACCGAAUACGAAGAUACGGUGGCCAGUGAGGGUCUUCCUCCCGGUCACCUUCCCUGCAUCUCUCCGCUGGCAUGGAAUUGGCUUCCAGAGGGUACCGUGCGCGUGCGAGCAGACGACUUCACCAACGAUAUUAAGAUCACGCCGCAAUGGAAAGAGGACGAGCCCGAUAAGUUUGAGCAAGACAAAGCCUACGGCCGGGUAUCGAGGGAAGUCGACACGUGGUGGCUGAAGGUCCGUGAUCCAAACUACGACGAGUGGGUCGUGCCUAUGCCUACCGUCGAGUUUGCCCAGCAGAGGACAGAGAACUGCAAAGCAAACCUGGUCAACCGGUACGCCCACUCAUACCGCGCCGCCGAGAACCAAGGCUCCGUGCAUUCGACCGACGGCGCUCCGCCGCCUGAAGCUGGUGCGGACCACGAAGGGAAGGACGGCGGCCAUUACGUCCACGACUACAAUGACGACAUGAUGGAGGAGGAGGACAUCGAUGACGACGAAUCAUACGGCGAGGGGCCCAUGAACGGGCUGCUCACCGAGGUCCCAAACAUUCUCGAUCCAAAACAGAUCGAGGCCUUGCACAUGAUCGUCAAGUCGUGCAUUCUCGACAACGCGGGCUUGGCUCUCAGCAGGGCAGGCGAGAAUCUCCAGAAGACAAGGUGUAGGAUGUUCUUGGCUAUGGAGUGCGGAAGGAGCCUGCUUCGAGAGAUCCUCGUCUUCAUCGCCGUCUGGGAAAAGAGCGAGCAGUCGCUCAUCUUUCAGCUCACCACCCAGAUCGUUGAGGCGAUCCAUCACAGCGCUCUGGUUCCUUACGCUUGGCAGUCUCUGCGUAUUCCCAAGGACAUCAUUUCACCCGCUCAAACUGUCCUUUUGAGGCUCGUGAACAACAUGUUCCGCGCUCGAAAUAACGACCCACCGCCGCCCGACUCCAAGGAACAUCUCCGAGACGUCAAGCUGCUCCACUUCCUGUUCAUUCAAUUCCGCAGCCGCAUAGUCCCCGAGUGUGCCUCCCUGAUGCAUCUCCAGGCACAGAUUCGCAACGACCUUUGCGACCCAGCCGACUUCCCCGUCGACAGCUGGGACAUGGAGCGCGCCAAGGACGGUAUCCAGCAGUUCCUUGAGCUCCUAACGACCGUCAACGAAUUGCUCGAAACCCGCCAAUACCUCAUAGAAUGGGAAGCCGCCUACGAACUGCUGACCCUCCUCAAAGGUCUCGAAGCCGGCGUUCCAAAGAAGCCCAUGGUCGAAAUGCCCAACCGCUCCAACCAACGCCAGCCCCCUUCAAAUCCAGACGACCCGGACGCAGAUUACGACUCGGAGGACCAUCCCCUCGCCCCGCCCCCACCGCUCGAAGAGCCGGCCCAUAAAUACCCUUGGGCCGGCAUCAAGGGCCAAAUACUGCACAUCCUCGCGGGGCUGCUCCAGCCGCCGCCCGGACGAAGCAGCCCCGGCAACCCAGAAGUGCAGUCUCAGAUCCUUCGCCACAACGGCGUCAUCAGCCUGCUCAACUGCUGCGUCUACGACGACCACAACCGCUACGCCCGCGAGCGCGUCCAGAUCUGUCUUAAGUGGCUCAUGGACGGGUCGGAAGAGGCCAACAAGUACCUGCGAGAUCUGAUCGCCAUGUCGCCGCCACCUAACCUCAGGCAGCAGCAGCAGUCUGGCACUGCCUCCACUGUUUCCCAACCUGCGGCAGGCGAGCAGCCGCCGCAGCAACCGGUCACUACCUCCCUGAGGAUAGACGGAAUUCCCGGCGAGGUGAAGGUGCGGCUCCGCGCCCCGGGCGAACCAAUUCCCGCGAGGCCGACAUUACACCCACCACCGUUGCCUAAUUCAGCAGCCAGCCUGGCAGGAGCGAGAAGGGCUCUUCCGCCGCUGGCGAGCGCAGCUGCCGUGGCGGCGGCGGUCGUGGAUAGCCACCACCAUAACCGUAACCAUCGUUACGCUGACAACGGCGUCAACAGCAAUAACACACUGCCGCCUAUCCAGCCUGCUGCUGCUGGAGCUGGAGCUGGUGGGGCGGGGUCGGGGGUGGGUUUGCCUCGCAGUCGCCCAGAAGAGCUGCUAAGGGAUAUAAUCACCUUGGCGGACGAGGCAGCUAGGUUGGCGAUGGGGAGACCGUUGGAUACGGAUGAGACUGAGGAUGAGGAGGAUAAGGAGGAUGAGGAGGAUGAGGAGGAGGAUGAUUUUAUGUAG